GUGGUCAUUGGUUGGCCGUUGUGUUGCUUUGAUAUCUUUACACAUUACAAGUUGAUUUUUAGUUUACACACCUAUCAGUAAUUCCUGUUAGUUGUUGUCGUUAGUAAAUAAUCUCGUGGUGUCUGGUCCGCUGUCACUGUACCUCGUCUGCGCAAACGUAAAUUACAUAGACGCAAACAAACUACUAGCUGGCCUUUUCAAUUAAUAGUGGCGAUAAUGCAUAGCGUUUCGGAACACGAAGACCCUGACCUAUAUUUUGAGCCUGUUAUUACUCUUCCCCCUUUAACAGUCUGUAGUUCCGAGGAGAAUGAAGAGUGCCUAUUCAAACAGAGAGCACAACUGUUUCGUUUCGACACUAUUGACGAUCCCCCAGAAUGGAAGGAGCGUGGGGUUGGAGUGCUGAAAAUUCUACGUAACAGGACCAGUGGAUGCUAUCGCUUAUUGAUGCGUCGGGAUCGCACGUACAAGGUUCUUAUACACGUUACUUUACAGCAAUUUAGGUUUGUGCCAACCAUUAUCUCCUCAAAAAUAUGUACUUACGUCCAAACUGCAGCAGCAGUAGAGCUUUUGUCUGGAGUACGACAGCUGAUUUCGCAGACGAGGUGGUAAAACCAGAGUUAUUGGGUGUUAGAUUUGCUAACUCUACAUGUACGUAUUCAAUAUUACUUCAGAGACUUUCUAACGUUUCCCGAAAUAUUUAAUUACGUUCACUACUGCAGUUCAAUGGCACAUAAAUGCCAUUAAAUAUCUGGAUGUUUGAUUCCUUGCACUCGUGAGAGUUUAUGUCUUGUAUCUUAAGCUCAAAUCACCAAGAUGUCAGACUUUCCAAGUCUUUAGGUCAUGUUGCUUUGAUGCAUACCAAACAAAGCGUUCAUUCAAACCUUAGUCCUUUAAUUUAAACGACAGAUUGAUCUAUAAGAUUUUCGGAAAGUUUUUGAGGAAGGUUGUCAAGCAAGUGAGGAUAAACUAACUGAGAAUAGAUCCAGCAUUGAAGAUGCUCAUUCUGAUAAAGAGGAUAAAACUGAUGAUAUUGGCACGCUCUCGAAUUCUGUCAAAGAAUGUUUGAACAUUGCCUCACCAGAUACCAACUCUUCUGUUCAUUGCAGUUCGAUAAAAACCGAUGCUUAAAUAUCUCAUUAUUGAGACUUUUUUCAUAAACAAAUUCAGAUCUGUUAUACAAUAUCUAAUUUUUUAGAGAAGGUGUC